AUGAAAAUGUCCCUGAAAAUACUUAACUCCACCUCACAGAGGCCAAGGAACAUACACUGCGUUAGAUUUUCUGGAGAUGAUAUACCUAAGUAUAAAACUAUGAAUUCAGAAACUCAUAAUUCGUAUGCGCCACAGUCGCUAUUGAGCGUGGACUCCGGAGCUCCGAGCCCGGACUCCGGGUUCCAACCGGCAGCACAGCGGUACCGCAUCAAUGAACAAAGAAUCAAACUCCUCACUGCUAUCAAUCAGAUAGUACAGCAACGAGCUGAUCUCGAAGCGAACAGAGCCACACUCUCCAGCAUGCUGGAAGAGCUGAAACGAAAGCUGAAGAGAAGAAUCGAGGAGUGUCACUUUGAGAAGAAAGAGAAAAUGAAGGCUUUAAAAGUAGCGAAUCAACGGUUAGAAAGAGAGAAAUUCAGCAUUAUGACUGAGAUGGAACAUUUAAAACGACACUUGGAGAAAGAGGAGGCACAUCAUUUGCAACACGCGAGGACUGCUGCUGCACAGGCAAUCCAAGGCGUAACUAAAACAUCAGAUUUAUUUACACCCUGUUCAGUAGCAGAUCUGCCUAAUAUCGUUAGUCGAAACGUAGCGAAGAAUGCUCCUUCACGAGUUGCUGAUAACAAGCUGGCAGCCGCGCGUUUGAUGCGCGACAUCGCUGAGCUGCGGCAACGAGUGGCGCAGGUCGAGGCGAGACUUGCCAAUGAGUUGAAGCGUAAACGGCAGGCUGAAAUCGACAUUGUGCGACUGAGAAAGGAGCUGUCGUCUACAAAGAGCUGUGUGGCUUCACUCCGGAUGCCUGCGCAGAGGAAGCAAUGCUCAAAAUUCGCUUAGAUGUACAGAAAGUAC